AUGCCACAAGAAACUGGCGAGAUCAAAAUACCGGUUCCGUACGGCUGUAUUGCUGCCAAAACAUGGGGUAAAAGUGACAGCAAUUGCCAUAAAAUACUAGCACUUCAUGGAUGGCAGGAUAAUUGCGGCAGUUUUGAUAGACUAAUACCCCUUUUGCCGGACAGUGUGUAUGUGUUGGCACCCGAUCUUCCCGGACAUGGCUUGUCAUCGCAUUUACCAGACGGCUGUCCGUACAGUGAUAUCGCGUUUGUAAUGGAAAUCAAGCGAAUUGUCAAUCAUUUGAAUUGGUCUUCAUUUUCAAUAUUAGGCCAUUCAAUGGGAGCGAUGCUCGCGAUUCUCUAUUCCUCAAUAUAUCCACAAUCAGUGGUUAAAGUGAUAUCAAUAGAUAUAGUAAAGCCGUUCACCUUUUCAAGGGAUCAAAUGGCAGAUACGAUGAGAGGUUUCGUCAAUUCAUUUAUAAGAUUAGACAAAAAGGAUAGCAUUCCUCCGGUUUAUGGCCACCAAAUGGUCGUCGAAAAGAUGAUUAGCGCUCAUUCAAGACACGGAAAACUAGACGAAGAGUCGGUUCAAUGUCUUCUCAAUAGAGGAUCUCAAGUAUCGUCUGACGGAAAGGGAGAGUAUUUUACACGUGAUAACAGAAUUAAGACUAUAUUUGUUCAGAGCUAA